AAUUAUACAUUUAAAAUAUGCUAGUAUCUGCGAGAUCACUGUUUCUGGUACUAUCCAUCUGGCUGGUCCUAUUUGUAGUUGCCUAUAGCGGUGUCAUUAAGAAGCCUUCAUCAUCACCAACGGAUUCCGAAGCGCCUAUGGCCAGAUAUCAACAAAGAGAUAGAAAGUUUAGGCCAUCUAAAUUCGAUUCCGAAAUAAUGCAACUCUCUGAUGACUUAUCGCACAUGAAGCGAAUGCAAUAUACGGACUCAUGUCGGAGCAGUGGUAUGAACUGCACCCGUGCUGAGGAUUGCUGCUCUCUGCAAUGCUUGAAGCGCUACAAGAAGUGUACUUAUAGAUUGUUCUGAUGAAAGAAAUUUAAUCGACUUAAAUGGCAAAAGAGUCUAUUUUUCUUAAACAGUUAUAUAUACAUAACUUAAUAUAGGCUUAAUAAAAGAUCAAAUAUUCUUAAAUGCUGACAUAAUA